AUGGCCGACGCCAAGCGAACGGUCGCCAAGACGGACGAAGUCUCGCGCAACCAGAUCUGGCGCGAGCACCUCAAGAAGGAGCUGCUCACCGAGGGGCCGUCGACGGCGUUUCAGUUCAACCCCAAAACACUGAGCUCCGUCGCGCCCAAGCCCACGUCGAUGCAGCCAUCGGAUUUCACAGCGACGCAUGCCACCAACGCAGCGCCCCCCAACGAGAUAGAAACCAAGGUGCGCCAAGGCAUCAAGAACCCGCAAGAGCGGUCGGACGUGCCCAGCACCGAAGCCCAAAAGAUUGGGUGGGCCCACGACCAGGCAUGGAAGAACGGGCGCGCCGAGACCAACAAGCGCUGGUACCGCGGCCGUGGCAGCACGGACGUGACGGUGUUUGCAGAAAACUACUGCGCCAUGGCGGGCUGCAGUCCAUUCGCCGACAAGUCCACGCGCUAA